AUGAAGUUUAUUGCCUCCCUCCUUUUGACUGUUGUUGUCUUGUCCGCCGUUGCCUCGGCUGGCAGACACCCAACCUGCUACAAGAAGAGCUCUGAGAAGUUCGUCGACACCAUCAAGACUCCACUUCCAAAGGAUACCGUCACAUCUAUUCCAUCAUCAUGGGAUUGGAGAAACGUCUCUGGUAUCAACUACUUGACCUGGUCGAGAAACCAGCACAUUCCACAAUACUGUGGUGGCUGUUGGGCUUUCGGCUCCACCUCUGCCCUCUCGGACAGAAUUAACAUCCUCCGUCGUGGUGUUUGGCCCCAGGUCAACCUCGCUCCACAGCACUUGAUCAACUGCAACGGUGGUGGUACGUGUGAUGGUGGUGACCCCCGUUCCGCCUACGAGUUCAUGAAGAAGAAGGGAAUCGUUGAUGAGACUUGCCAGCCAUACCAAGCCGAGAACGGACUUGCCUGCACCCCAUCCUGCAAGACCUGUUCCCCAGACGGAACCUGCACUGCUGUUGCCAACUACACCAACAUCUACGUUGAUGAGGUCGGAACUGUCUCUGGUGCCAACGACAUCAUGGCUGAGGUUUACGCCAGAGGUCCAAUUGCCUGCAGCAUUGAUGCCACCGACAAGUUGGAGGCCUACACUGGAGGUAUCUUCAAGGAGUUUGUUGCUGCUCCACUUUCCAACCACAUUGUCAGCAUUGUCGGAUGGGGUGUUGAGAAUGGCGUCAACUACUGGAUCGUCAGAAACUCCUGGGGCACCUACUGGGGUGAGCACGGAUUCUUCAGAAUCGUCCAGGGCUCCAUGUUCGAGAACCUUGGUAUCGAGCUUGACUGCAACUGGGCUACACCAGACUUGAAGGGAUUCCCAAUGAACUAA